GAUGAAAUCGGCAUUGUUGUCUUCGAGUUGUUUUGAUGGGCGAAUAAAAAGUAAAAGAAAAAGAGGCAGGAAAAACAUAAUUUCUGGGACACAGGAAAAGAAAAUUGCGUCCAAUAAUGAAUUUCCUGGGUUUUGGACAAUCCGCUGACUUGGAUAUUGUAUUCGAUGGGGCCGAUAAGCGGAAAAUGGCUGAGAUUAAGACGGAGGAUGGUAAGAAGGAGAAAUACCUCCUCUACUACGACGGGGAGACAGUUUCCGGCAAGGUUAACGUAACCCUGAAGAAGCCCGGAAGCAAGUUGGAACAUCAGGGCAUUAAGAUUGAGCUCAUUGGGCAAAUUGAGUUGUACUAUGAUCGUGGGAAUCACCAUGAAUUCCUGUCGUUAGUGAAGGAACUCGCCCGUCCGGGGGAUUUGAUACAGAACAGCAGCUACCCCUUUGAAUUUGCAAAUGUGGAGAAACCAUACGAAGUGUACGUGGGCUCUAACGUUAGACUGAGGUACUUUUUGCGUGCCACAGUUGUCCGGCGACUCAGUGACAUCAUUCGCGAAGUGGAUAUUGCUGUGCACACACUGUGUAGUUAUCCGGAGGUGAAUAGCCCCAUUAAGAUGGAGGUGGGCAUUGAAGAUUGCCUACACAUUGAGUUCGAAUACAACAAAUCGAAAUACCACCUCAAGGAUGUUAUAGUGGGCAAAAUUUACUUCCUUCUGGUUCGCAUAAAGAUCAAGCACAUGGAAAUUGCAAUAAUAAAGCGGGAAACAACGGGAUCCGGACCAAAUACAUUCACGGAAAAUGAGACAAUUGCAAAGUACGAAAUAAUGGAUGGUGCCCCAGUGAGGGGUGAAAGUAUACCAAUCCGGGUCUUUCUGGCGGGUUACGAUCUGACACCGGCAAUGCGUGAUAUUAAUAAGAAGUUCUCUGUAAAAUAUUUCCUCAAUUUAGUCCUUAUGGAUACAGAGGAUCGACGAUAUUUCAAGCAACAGGAGAUUACGCUGUGGAGGAAAGCAGAAAAAUCCAGGAAGUCAUCAGCAGUUGCGCAAAACAAUCCACAUGUGCCAUCUCACCUUGUUGGUUCUGAUGGUGAUAUGAUGUCCAAAACACACCAAAAUGAUGGUAAUCAAAAUUUGGAUACAUCUCCUGCACCACCAAUGGAUCCUACAGUUGGCCUAUUUACACAAGAAAGUCCUCAGAAUGAAACCAAACCACUGGAAUCGCCCACAUUUCACGGAGAGAAUGACAAUAGUGAAGAGGCACACUCCACAAAUGAUCUGCCACUGCCGCUUGAUUCACCAGAUUCAACCGAGCAGAAUCCGUAGAAUGGAUUACACACACUGUAGAACAAUAAUGAACUGAAUUGGUAUACAAAAAAAUCACGAUAAUGCGUACAUAUUAUUUUUAAACAAUUUAGAUAAGACCCCCAAUUGCAAGAAAGAAAAAAAUUAAUAAAGAAAAUAGUAUAGCACCUAAAGGUGAAGAAGAAGUAUGUUUUGAAGUAAUAAAGUGAAAAUUGUUGCACGUAUAUAUUUAGUAAUAUAUCUGUAUAAAUUCAGAGUAAAUAAAUUGACAUUAUCCAGAA